GGUUAUUCACCGAAAACAAUAAUUAUUAAUAUUCUACUCUGAUAUUCAUUCUAAAUUUUCAGAUUAAUUUUGAAUACGUAAAAGUUGUUGUUGUGAACCUUUUACAUAUCUGAACACUAGUUGUUAAUGUUCCGUACAUAAUUUAUAAUGGAAGGUUUAGAAUCACGUUUGAAAAAGCAAGUUGAACUAAUAAAACGUAUAGAAACUUUUUUUGAGCUCCAAGCGUGUAAAUCUCUCAUAGUUUCGGAUUGUAACAAUCUUCAUACAAAUUCUUGUGAUAGUUCCGAUGCACUACGGGAGGCACGAAAAUCCGUUACACAUUUUCGAAAACACUUAUAUCCUAAGUAUACUGAAGUGAAGCAAUUACUGCAUAAAAACCUUCUUCUUAUGUUGCAUUUAAUGGAACAAAUUGAUAAAAUUCAAUGUAACAAUGUUCUGAAAGAACAACAUCCAAACACAGUUAUGAACAGUCAGCAACAAAAAACCAAUUCCAUUCCAACUGUACAUACAGUUGAUAAAAUGUUUCUAACGGAUUAUCAGAAAUCACCAUUUGUGUCAAAAAUGAAACCUAGAUGCCUAUCGUUUUUGGAUUUCAAUAUACAGAUAAGCCAAGAAGAAUUUGAACAAGUACCUAAAUAUAUGAGAGGUCGUGACAGUUUAGACGAACUAAUUGGAUUCCUUCAGUCGGUGAUUGUGUCCUGCUUCGAAGAAAAGUACUCUUUGCUGUAUAAAAAUAAAAAAGCUGUUACUAAUCAGCAAGAUUUGGCAAUGUGGAAAACCUUCCAUCAGCAGCAAACUGCGUUUCCAAAUAGCAAAUUUAUCACACAAGGCGAUAUUGCCAGGAAGUUGGGUCGACUUAUUGACAAAAAAGUUAAUUCCAAACUUACAAUGCUGCGACAUUUACACAUCCUUCAGGAAACUAGAAGUGAAGGUACCGUUUAUUAUAUCUGGAUACGUGAAUAACUUCAAUGCCUCAGUUAUGGUUGAAAUAUAAACUUAUUUUGUA